AUGCCCGUUAGUUCUACCACAAGACGUAAAGCUAUUCGUAAAAGGAACACAAACGUAAACAAUGAACCCCUCACAAGUCCUGCUAUGGCUACGAUGAUGGCAGAUCUAAAGCGUCAGGCCUUUAAUCUGAAAGAUUCCGUAGCCGCAAGAAAAUGCGCAGCAGGAAAACUGGCCGAAGACACUUCUUAUGGAGAACUGCAAGACCACAUCUAUGAGUUGGAAGCCGACUUCAGAUAUACCGGCUACUGGCUAGUGUCAUUAUUGGGACAGGUGUGUCAAACAUUGGACAGAAUCAUUGAGAGAGGGUUUAAGAAGAAACCAAGUGAAUGCAUAAGUUUUUCCUCAUACGUGAAUAUUAUUACUGAAGACGAAGGAGAUCAGUUUAACGCUCAGUCACUGGUAACCAAACUGCUGAGUGAUGUGACGUGUCUCCAGACACGACAGGAACAGUUGAAGAAGAUCGUGGAUAUUACUGCUGAGAAUAUAGGUGAUGCUGUGAUGGAUUUUGUUCUGGUAAAGCACGUGUCAUUGGCCGUGUUGCACGCCACGAGACUUAAACGAGACUUGCAGGUCAUGACGUCAGCAGUAGACCAAAUUCUUGGCCCCAUACGCGAAGCUGCAGUGAAACAGCCCGAGAUUCCGAGUAGAGAUGAAACGGCAAAAGAGGGCGCUGGCAACGGGAUGGGACCAAGACGAGACGAUUUCAAAAGAAAAUUAGAAAAGUCUAUGGAAGAGAAUAUUUUGAGGAACGAACUCAUUCGUUUAUUGCGUCUAAAUGAGAAUUAGAAAUCGAUCCGAACAUAAAAUCCACGCGUUGUCAUGACUGUUGUAAACUUUGACAGAAAGCAAAAACUAUUUAUAGUUUUCCUAUUCAUCAUGUCUGCGGUUAAAAAGUAGACACUCACGAUUUUAAACAGAACAACUCUCUUUAUCUGAGAGAUUUUCGCCUUUUUUUUUGGAUAUAGAUUCACUGCUCUUUCAAUCGCCAGUGUUUUUAUGUUCAAUUGUGAUUAAAUUAAAAAACACUAU